AUGGUGAUUUGUAAUCAAUUGAUCAAUAAAAUAUUUAGAAUCCUAAUAUCCUUACACAUUACUUGCUUUUUAUUAAUUAUUUAGUAUUAAAUACCAAAAUCUUUUAGUAAUCAAAUUUAUUAGCUUAACUCGAUAGUGAAUAGAUUUAAAUAAGUUCAUCUGCCUCUCAUAAAAUCAGUAUUAAUUUAAUAACCAAAAAAGUGAUAGAAUAGAAUAAAACAUUAGUUCAGAUGGUAAAAGUCAUUCAAUAUAAAAAUCGAAAUCUGGAAAUGAUAAAAUUUAUCUUUAAAAUAAGACUAAAUAAUAUUGGAUUUAUCUCAAAAUAAAAAUUUAACUUAAUAUCAAAGAAUCUAUGAGAAUGGGAUUUUCUAAAUAAUCUGCUCAUUUUUCUGAAAAUUUUAGAGAACUCUUUUAAACUAAUAAAAGAUUGGAAAAAAGUAGUAGAGAUGAUUAAUAGAAAAAGAGAAUAGUUUAAUAAUUUAAAUUAAUUAAACAAUGAUCUAAUUAUAUAUAUGGAAAAAAAAUAAUAAUUUAAAGAAUAAACUUGAAAAUCAAUUAUACAAAUUAUAUGAUUAAUUUUAAAGUUAAAAAAUGAAAGCAUUAAAUACUUUUUAUUAAUUUUAAAUUAUGAAUAAUUAUUUUCAGCAUACUAAUUAAAAAAAAUUACCUCAAUUUGAGAUGAAAAAUUAUAAAAACGUAAUCUUAAAUGAAUUUCGAUUUUUUUCUCAAAUAAAAUAGACUAUCUAAUUAUUGGUUUGA